AUAUACACAGUCACUCUAAAAUCAUCUUCUUCUUCUAUCGAUCACUUCAAAGUAGAGCAAGAUUUUGUGAAGACAUGGAGGAAGUGAAGCAGCCGCCCAUUGAAUCAGGUCAAGAUGGUGAAAAUGGAGGCAUGUCUAAUGGUCGAGAUGGUGAAGAGGAAAUUGUGACAGAAGCAUCUUCAUUUGUGCACGGCGGACCUCCUCAAGAUGAUAAAGGGCCUCCAAAAGUCGAUACUGAAGUGGAAGUCCUUCAUGAAAAGGUUACCAAGCAGGUCAUUAAGGAAGGUCAUGGUGACAAGCCAUCAAAAUAUUCAACUUGUUUUUUGCACUACAAAGCAUGGACUGAAAGUACCCAACACAAGUUUGAAGACACUUGGCAGGAACUACAACUAAUUGAAGUGGUCUUAGGGAAAGAGAAAAAAGAGAUGGCAGGAUUGGCAAUUGGGCUCUCCUCCAUGAAAUCAGGCGAGCGUGCUCUCUUACAUGUUGGUUGGGAAUUAGGCUAUGGUGAAGAAGGAAGUUUCUCUUUUCCAAAUGUGCCGCCUAAAGCAGAUAUCAUUUAUGAAGUUGAACUAGUUGGUUUUGAUGAAACGAAAGAAGGGAAAGCUCGUAGUGACAUGACAGUAGAAGAGAGAAUCAGCGCAGCGGAUAGGAGAAGGAUGGAUGGAAAUAAUUUGUUUAAAGAAGAAAAACUAGAAGAGGCAAUGCAACAAUAUGAAAUGGCCAUUGCGUACAUGGGUGAUGAUUUCAUGUUUCAGUUGUUUGGCAAGUAUCAAGACAUGGCUUUGGCAGUCAAAAACCCAUGUCACCUUAACAUGGCAGCAUGUUUGAUAAAACUCAAGCGCUAUGAUGAAGCUAUAGCUCAAUGCACCAUUGUGCUAGCAGAGGAUCAAAACAACGUGAAAGCACUAUUCAGAAGAGGGAAAGCUAAGUCUGAACUUGGGCAGACGGACGCUGCCCGGGAAGACUUCUUGAAAGCUCGUAAGUUUGCCCCAGAAGACAAAGCAAUAUCAAAAGAACUGCGUGUGCUUGCUGAACACGACAAGGUCGUUUAUCAGAAACAGAAAGAGCUUUACAAAGGAUUGUUUGGACCAAGACCCGAACCUAAAAGCACCAAGAGUGCUACUAGCUGGUUUGUUUUAGUUUGGCAAUGGCUGUUCUCACUAUUCCAGCGUAUUUUCACACGUGAAAGGGUUAAAACUGAAUGAUCUUAAGGAUUGAUAUUUAGGUUGAUAGAUGCAAACAAUUUGAGAGGAAUAACUCUGUGUAUUAAUCGAGUGCAAAAGUUUAGAACUUGUAGAUCAAUCCUGGUUCUUCAGGAUAUUGUUGUAACGUAAUACAUUCCUUGUCUUUAUUUAUAUAAACUUCUGAUUAUAGACAUUUUUAUAAUAUUAGCUUUGUUUUACUGAA